UUCAGUCUCAUAAUAUCGUCAACAUGGUUCUGACAUCAACUCCAAGGACGUCGGUCACUUUGAUCGGAGCGGGCACUCAGGGAAGACGCCUUGCGUUUAUGUGGUCGAGUAGAGGAAACGAUGUCCAUCUGGUUGACGGCCAAGAAGCCCAACUUCAAGCCAGCAUAAAAGCCAUUGACGAGUUUCGACAAAGUUCAAGCAACAGAAAUGCUUCUUGGGGGAGAAUCAUCACUCAUUCUACCGAAGGCUUGCGCGAGGCUCUUCAAGCUGCCUGGCUGGUAGUCGAGUGUAUACCUGAGCAAAUCGAGCUCAAGACGAAAGUCAUCUCAGAGCUAGAUGCACUAGCUCCACGAGAUACUAUCAUUGCCUCAAACUCGAGUAGCUAUUCCUGCUCGGAGAUAUUGAAGGGUCUUAACCUGAGAAACGAGAGUCGUUUUCUAAGCGCCCAUUCAUACUGGCCACCUGAGACACCCGAAAUCGAGAUCAUGGGUCAUGAAACAACUAACCCUUCAUAUAUCACAUUGAUGAUGGAGCAAUGCAAGGCCCACGGAUUCUCCCCAUUUCAUGUCAAGUCACCAUCGAUGGGAUACAUCUACAACAGAAUAUGGGCAGCCAUCAAGAGAGAAGCCCUCCUCGCGGCCUCAGAAGGCGCUGCAACACCGGAAGAGAUCGACAAUAUUUUCAAAGGAGUAUUGAAAACACCAAAAGGGCCCUUUGAGCAGAUGGAUAUUGUUGGUUUGGAUGUUGUUCUCGAUAUUGAGCAGCAUUAUGCGGAUGCGAGAGGAAACAUCCCAAGUGCACCCCGAGAAUAUCUACAGAAGUUUCUGGAUCAAGGUAAUCUAGGCGUUAAGAGCGGGCGAGGAUUUUAUGAUUAUGGUAAAUUUUAGACAAGUUAGAAGUUGAAUAGACUUUGGUAUUUCCGAG